CCCGUCUUUGCUUUCCCAUUCCAUUUCCUUUCCUUUUGCUUUUCGGCGGCAUUUCGUCGAGCAGAAACCAUGAUCAGGUUGUUUAAAGUGAAAGAAAAGCAAAAGGAAACAGCUGAAAACGCAAGGGAGAAUGGUCUCGUAAAGAAGCAAAGUGCAGGAGAAUUACGUCUUCAUAGAGAUAUAAGUGAGCUGAACAUGCCAGAAGAAUGCAAGAUUUCAUUCCCCAAUGGAAAGGAUGAUUUGAUGGACUUUGAGAUCACCAUUACACCUUAUCGGGGAUAUUAUAUGGAUGGUGGGUUUGUCUUCACAUUUAAAGUUCCCGCAGUCUACCCUCACGAGCCUCCGAAGGUCAAGUGCAAAACCAAGGUAGCGGAUCUUUUGAGGGACAAUCCAAAAUUGUUCGGAUUGAACGUGAGAAAAUCGAUCGAGGGAAACAUAUGGGUGGGAGGCGCCCAUUUCCCUGGGUGCAAAACAGGCGACUUCUACUGAUUCGGUUUAUCUAGGGUUUUGCUUCUCCGUGGUCCAACCAUGGUUGUAUGAGGUUGAAGGUUUGUGUGUUUUUGGGGUGUUUUUUGCAUUUCGGGUGAGUACUUGGUGGGGGAUUGUCUUGUGGCACAUUUUCAGCCCA